GCUGAAUCGGGGGACUAAACAAAGCGGUUGUGUGGCAUUUUUCACAACAAUCUCAAUGCCUACUGUAAAUGCACUAGAAAUCCUGCGAGGCUCAGAAACAGAGCACAUCGAUAAUCGGCAAUGCGGCAGGUCUCUUACACACCUUAGCUAUCUCAGAGAUACGAUGUCACAUCAUACCAGUGAUUUCAGUCACCCUCCUCCGGCGUACCAGCAACAUGCUUCAAUGCCACAAAUAUCACAUCACGACCAUGCUUACUGCACCCCGCAAGGGCACACACAUGAUCAUGAUUGUCACAGGCAUCAUGUAAACUGCCAGUCCCCCAUGCACAUUGUAGUACCAAUAAUCCCCGAUUCUAGGACCGUAAUUCAUUCAAGGUACAAUGAAGUCGACCCUCUCCUUCCAACAGGAAGACGACGGAACAAUGACCCAGGAUGUUGCUUCUUUACGAUUCUCGGAGCCGUGAUCAUUUUUGGGGUGUUUGCCAUCGGUUUCUUCUCAUUUGUUCCCCUCAAUGAGUUUGCUUGGACCAAUAUCGAAUCUCAUUCCUGCACCACUUAUGCAACAAAGGAGUACGUAGCAGAGCUCAACGCGUCUCGUUGGAGCCGUCAUAGGAUGGAAAUCUGCAUGGCUACUCCGAUGUUUGUUCAUGGCCGGCCUCACUGGCCUUCCAGAUGCGAAGAUCGUUCAGGCACGGUGAUGGGACAUUUUGCCAUCAACCAUGACGAACCCGACUGCGUCACCUACUGGAGUGGAUAUAAGGACAUGGGCUGUUCCGCUAGAGGCUCGAAGAAGAGACAAAUUGAGCAACGUCUCGAGAACUUGCCAUUCCUAGCAGACUAUAAAGAGUUUUGUGCAACAACCCCUACUCGUUUCCUAGACCGGGAAUUCACUGGCGCAGACUCGUGCGUGAAUCAUAUUUGGGGUGUCUACGGACAAUGGUUCAUCGACGACCAUAGUUGUUGAAGCAAGCGUCGAGCAUCGUUUCUCGUACCCAACAAUUUUAUCUCUAUUUCUUAUCCCGACAUACAUGUACCAUUUACUGAUCCAAACUAUGCUUUAAGUACUUUUCAUCGUAGCUUGUUGUACAGGAUCGUUUUAAAUGUAACGUCAGGAAGUGUACCAGCUAGGUGUCCUUUUUGUCACUUGCACGCUGAAACUUCGCCAAGUCAAUUCUUCAAGAACUUCAAAUAUUUAUGUACCGCCGUUUGUGUGUGAACUUACCUUCUGAUGUCUAGCUAGGGUAGAUUAUGAUGCAACGCAAGACGCAUAAUGGAACAUGUAUUAGGAG